CCUGUCCCAGAAUGCACCGCGGGACCCACUGACGACGCAGGACCCCCUCCCAUUUCUUCUAAAGUACAUCUGUUAUAUGUGACACCUUCCAUCUGCUCUUUGUGAGUGUGAGAGUGGAAAUGGUUAACCGGAUGGUAACGUCCGGUAACGUCGGUAACUACAGACGCCACGGUAGCCGCCCGUUCACAGCUAUAAAUGAUCUGAUGGGAGCUGCAUUGCCACGACACGAUACUUUAGUUUGGAUCGAUAAUUGGUUAUUAGAGACUCGUAUAAUCACCCACAACACGUCUGCAGUAUGAAGCUAACACGGAAGUUGGUCCUGGCCAAAGCCAAGGCCUCGGAUCUGGACAGUGUGAAGAAACUCAACUGCUGGGGCUGCAACUUGACAGACAUCUCCAUAUUUACCCAGAUACCCCACAUCGAGGUCCUGACUCUCAGUGUGAACUCCAUCUUGUCCCUGUCAUCUCUGUCGGGCUGUGUGUGUCUGAGUGAGUUGUACCUCAGACGGAACCUCAUCCCUUCUCUCUCAGAGCUCUCCCAUCUCCGCCCCCUCACACGCCUACGAGUGCUCUGGUUGGCUGAGAACCCCUGCUGCGGAACAGUCCCCAGCCAAUACCGUCUCAACGUGCUGCGAUGUCUGCCACGCCUACACAAACUGGACAACCAGGUGGUGACAGAGGAGGAGCUUGUUUUCGCUCUAAACGAGGGAGAGGAGAUAACACCCCCUGCCGCCGCCCAGAAGCAGUUCUCGACCAGUGGCCAGCCAGAGAACGUCAGCUCCACCAAUGGACAGACAGAGGCGGAAUUAGAGAACGACCCCCUAAACUACAGUAUGGAGGAGACCAAUAAGAUCCGGGAACAGUUGGGGAUGAAGCCUAUUCCUAGAGACAAGUUCUCCUCCCCAUCACCUCGACCUGCAGCUAGGAAGUCCCACACUCUGGAGGCGGUGCUUAUGCUGUUGAAAGAUCUGGAGGAGGAGGAGCUACGCAUCGUUCACGCGGCAACCCAGAACAGACAGCUUCGAUCACACACACACCCCAAGCUCACACACACACUGCAGGGAGAUGGACCCAUCGACACACACACACUGCAGGGAGAUGGACCCAUCGACACACACACACUGCAGGGAGAUGGACCCAUCGACACACACACACUGCAGGGAGAUGGAACCAUCGACACACACACACUGACAAACUCCAGAGAGAGAACGACCGACAUCGAGCACUGACACACACACACUCCAACACUAAGACACACACACACUCCCAUUGAUUUUAAACACUAAUGCAACCACCCAACACUGAGGUAGACACACAAGUCAUGUUUAUGCUCCGUGACCAGAGGGAGAGGUAAGGGUUCACAUGCUCCCCUAGGUACAGAUCUAGGAUCAGCUUCCCCUCCCCCAAUCCUAACCUUCACCAUUAGUGGGGGGGGGGGAAUGCAAAACGGACCCAAGAUCAGCGUCUAGGGACUUUACCCUACUCCGGGCUCACACACCCACCAAACCUUGGUACACACACGCUUCAGUAUUGUUGUGACAGGCUUUUAGCCAAAUAGAGGAGACUGAAGGGAGAAGUCAGAGCUAAUCGUCGCUAUCUAUUCUCUAGCAGCAUGUCGCUAUCAAUUCACUAGCAGCAUGUCGCUAUCAAUUCACGUGCAGCAUGUCGCUAUCAAUUCACGUGCAGCAUGUCGCUAUCAAUUCACUAGCAGCGCGUCGCUAUCAAUUCCAUAGCAGCAUGUCGCUAUCAAUUCCCUAGCAGCGCGUCGCUAUCAAUUCCCUAGCAGCAUGUCGCUAUCAAUUUCCUAGCAGCGCGUCGCUAUCAAUUCCCUAGCAGCAUGUCGCUAUCAAUUUCCUAGCAGCGCGUGGCUAUCAAUUCCCUAGCAGCGUGUCGCUAUCAAUUCUCUAGCAGCGUGUCGCUAUCAAUUCUCUAGCAGCGUGUCGCUAUCAAUUCUCUAGCAGCGUGUCGCUAUCAAUUCCCUAGCAGCAUGUCGCUAUCAAUUCCCUAGCAGCAUGUCGCUAUCAAUUCCCUAGCAGCAUGUCGCUAUCUAUUCCCUAGCAGCAUGUCGCUAUCUAUUCCCUAGCAGCAUGUCACUAUCUGCCUUUCCUUAAUCAGUGAAUGAGUGUUUAGGCAAACUGCUUUGUGUAAAUAAAGAGACACUUUAAUGCGUAAAAAAAAAAACGCCAUUUAAGAGUUGACAACAUACAUGCAUACAACAGUUUAUGUACACUGAACCCAAAAAUAUAUAAAUGCAACAUGUAAAGUGUUGGUCCCAUGUUUAAUGAGCUUAAAUAAAAGAUCCCACACAUUUUCCAUAAGCA